AUCACAUCGGCUAGCCGGAGUAUAAAUAGGGGAGCAGUACCAGGACAGGAGGUAGUUGAGGUGAGAAAAGGAAUCUCUCAUUGCAAGACAACAGAGAAAGAGAGCAAAGCGCGCCAGGUAAAGCUGAGCUAGGAUGGGCCUGCUCCUGCUCCUUCAUGUCCUCCUCGUCGCGGUGGCCGCGAGGGCUCCUGCUGCUCAGGCAUGGGGCAAGGAAGGACACUACAUGGUCUGCAAGAUCGCCGAGAGCUUUCUGACGGAAAUGGCCUCGACGGCGGUGAAGGACCUCCUGCCGGGGUGGGCCGAAGGCGACCUCGCGGAGACGUGCUCGUGGGCGGACACCCAGCGGUUCCGGUACCGGUGGUCGAGCCCCCUGCACUUCGCCGACACGCCCGGGGACUGCAAGUUCGACUACGACAGGGACUGCCACAACACGAAUGGAGAGGAGAACAUGUGUGUGGUCGGAGCAAUCAACAACUACACCGCGGCGCUGAAGGACUCAUCAAGUCCAUUUGAUCCGACCGAGAGCCUGAUGUUCCUGGCGCACUUCGUCGGCGACGUCCACCAGCCCCUCCACUGCGGCCACUCCUACGAUCUCGGCGGCAACACCAUCAUCGUCCACUGGUACACAAGGAAGAGCAACCUUCACCAUGUAUGGGAUGUGAACGUCAUUGAGACAGCCAUGAAAGACUUCUACGAUGACGACCUGAGCACCAUGAUAGAGGCCAUCAAGCAGAACAUCACUGAGGAGUGGUCCAACGAAGAGAAGCAGUGGGAGACGUGCCGUAGUCGCACAAAGACUUGCGCUGACAAGUACGCCAUGGAGAGUGCAGAACUUGCGUGCCACGCGUACGAGGGCGUUGAUCAAGACUCCACCUUAGAAGACGACUAUUUCUUCUCUGCGCUGCCGGUUGUUCAGAAGAGAAUUGCUCAAGGAGGCGUGAGGCUUGCUGCUAUACUCAACGGGAUCUUCGGUGGGAACAGCAGGCUGCAGAGCAGUUGAUCCGAUAGAAAUUAAACAGGAGAAAGGGGGAGAAAUUGGCCGUCAUUCCGAAAUUAGAAUAAUAUUCUCUUGUCUGACAAUGUAACUUCAGCAAUCAGGAUCACGACUAGAUGCAUUUUCUAUUCGUCAGAAGUAUCUCACGAUUUGUUAGAAAAUUGAAGCACUAUGCAGUAGAUGAUGAUGUAUUGAUAUGUGUAUCCCCAUAUCUUUCAGAUUGUUGGUUUCAAACAAAAGUAUCUUUGAGACUGA